AUGUCGAUAUUUCCUUACGCCUACCGUAUGAUCGAGUCCUUCAACAUCACCCAAGAUGAGACUCGCGUCUCGGUGUACGCCGGCAUGCUUAUUACAGCCUUCGCAUUCGCCGAAUUCUCCACGGGCAUGGUAUGGGGACGCAUUAGCGACCGCAUAGGCCGCAAGCCCGUCCUUCUCUUUGGACUCUUCGGUACCGCUCUGAGCAUGAUUUUAUUUGGGUUCGCACGCACGCUACCCGCGGCCGUCAUGGCCAGAGCCUUGGGUGGGCUCCUGAAUGGCAAUGUUGGUGUUCUGCAGACGACGGUUGGGGAGCUCGUCACCAAGAAGGAGCACCAGCCUCGCGCGUAUUCCAUCAUGCCAUUUGUCUGGAGCAUGGGCUCUAUCAUUGGACCGGCAAUGGGCGGUGCAUUAGCCAUGCCGUGCGACUCUUACCCCUCCGUCUUCCCGCGUGGAGGCUUGUUCGACAAGUAUCCCUUCCUGUUGCCCAAUCUGUUCUGCGUUUUCAUCCUGAUCCUUGGAAUCGUCAAUGGGAUUCUGUUUCUGGAGGAAACGCACGCAGAAAAGAGGGGUCGCCGCGACUUUGGUCGAGAGUGCGGCAGGCUCUUGCUCGAAAAGUUGUCAUUUGAGACCCGCCCAAGAGAGGUCCUUUCCCGCGACAGGGAUGACAGUGACCCGCCGCCAGGCUACCGAAGUACCGAAAGCUCGCCCAUCCUGCGAUCCACCACGACAGAGGAUUUGGACGCGGAACUCGGCGGUUUGCAUGAAAAGGAAAGUCGGAAAACCUGCAAAACCUUCCACAGACACGUCCUUCUCAUCAUCGUUGCUUAUGCGAUCUUAGCCUACCACAGUGUUUCUUUUGACGCCUUGAUGCCCACUUUCCUGAGCGAGGAACCCCAGCAAACAGAAGUCGACCUUCCUUUCAAGUUUUCUGGUGGCUUUGGUCUGCCCACAAAGACAAUUGGGUUCAUGAUGGCGGUGCAAGGCUUCUAUUCCAUGUUCGCCCAACUCGGCCUCUUCCCGUUCGUCGUCCGUCGGGUUGGGAUUCUACGCACCUCUCGAGCUGUGAUGACGGUUUGGCCCCUCCUUUAUUUCGCGGUGCCUUACCUCGCCCUCCUGCCCGAACACCUGCAGCGACCGGGAAUUUACUUUUCUCUCAUCACAAAAACUACUUUUCAGGCGAUUGCAUUUCCCGCAAACGCCAUUCUCUUGGCCAACGCCGUUCCUUCCAAAUCUGUCCUGGGGACUGUGAACGGAGCGGCCUCUUCUACGGCGUGUUUGGCUAGGGCCUUGGGUCCGGUGGUGACAGGUUAUAUCCAUUCAGCUGGUCUGAAACUUGGGUAUAGUGGCCUGGCCUGGUGGGCAGGCGGUCUUGUCUGUGCUGUGGGAGCUCUGGAAAGCUACUGGAUGGAAGAAUCCGAAGGGCGUUUGGGCUCGGCUUCCCACGAACAGGAAGAGAGUUCUUGCGAGCCUCUGCUGCAUUCGGUCGCAAUCGAAUCGUCUGACGAAAACACUUUGCCAUCUAGCAAACCGACCUUGAUGGACGAUCUGGAUUUGGCAGAGCCGAUGAAGCUGGACACUGAUUUCCAGUCAAAGGAGUAA